AUGUCCCUUCAGAGUCUCGAGCCUGACUUUGCCAUUGGCAUCAAACGUCACAACUUGCCUGCAAAGGACGAAAAGGCCAGACAAGCAGCCUCCAAUGACGAUUCCAAUUUGCAGUUGCUCUUCGACACUUUGGAGAAGUAUGGUUUCAAGGCUCAGGUGCGUGCUGGCUCCGAUGCUGGCACUCAACUCAUUGUUUUUGUCAAAAUCGUCUCCAAAGUUUACGAAGAUCUCGUCAAGAAGGAUUUGCUUAGAAACUUCGAGUUUGGUCUCACUGAUGACGAUGCUGCCUCGUACAACAAGCAGAGACUUAUAUACGAGUAUUUGACCUCUCUGGAGGCUCUUGGUGGUGUGGGUAUCACUCCAGGCAUCGGACAAUGGGAAUUUGUGGAAUCAGUUACAUCUUUAGAAGGCUACUUAGCUGACAGCACUUUGAGCGAACAAGCCAAAACGGAGCUUUUGCUGCCUAGCUUCUACACUGCAAAGUUCAGAGAGCUCUACGGCCCCGGCGUGGCUUUGUACUUCGACUUUGUGCGUUUCUACACCGUGGCGUUGGCUGGAUUGUCCGUUUUCGGGAUUAUUGGUUACUUGAAGUCGAAGAACUACUCAAUUGCGUUUUCUUUCAUUAACUUGAUCUGGGGCGCCGGAUUGCUCGUUUUGUGGAGAAGAAGAACCAAGUUCUUGUCGAACACCUGGGGUGUUCAAGGCGCUCUUGAUUUGGAGAGGUUCCGUUCUGAGUUGGCUGGUGCUUCCGGUGAUUUGCAAGAUACAGAACACAGGUCCGAGACUGACAAGGCCAGAUUCGUCAAACAACUUUUAUUCGUACCCGUUGCCCUUGCAUUUGGCGCAAUCUUGCUCGCCGUCCAAGGUGGCUGCUUCGUUUUGGAGAUCUUUAUUUCUGAGAUCUACGAUGGUCCAGGCAAGUUGGUUUUGACAUUGACUCCUACCAUUCUCUUGAGUGCUUUUGUUCCAGUUUUCACAAUUGUCUACUCCCUGGCUACUGAAAAGUUCAUCGACUGGGAAAAUCACCAGAGCAAUCUUACUCGCAGCCAGUCUUUUGCUAUUAAGUCAUUUUUGUUGAGCAUCAUGACAGGUUACGUUCCGCUUCUCAUCAGUGCCUUCAUUUAUUUGCCAUUUGCUCACCUUCUCCAACCCCAAUUGAUCUACAUCAAGAGAGCUAUCUCUGGCAGAAUUAGAUCUGACAGAUACGCCUACCUGUACUUGACAAAUAUCAAGUCUGAGGACAGCUUCCAGAUCAAUCAGGGCAGAUUGGACUCUCAAUACUUUUACUUCAUUGUCACAAACCAAGUCAUUGGCAGUGUCUUGAAAUUCGGCUUGCCAUUGAUCUUGACCCCUACUAUUGAGUUUGUGAAGAAGAUCAUUGGAGGUAACAAGGGUAAGGUCGAAGCUGAGGAGAACCCAGAAGAGAAACCAUAUUUGGAGCGCGUGCGUCGUGCUGUUGCUCUUCCAGAAUACUCCGUUGACGACAGUUUUAGAGACAUUGCAUUGCAAUUCGGUUAUGUCACCAUCUUCGGCUCGAUCUGGACCUUGGCUCCUCUCGUGUGCAUCUUCUUCAAUGUGCUCACCUUUAAGUUGGAAGAGUGGAGAUUGUCGAGUGGAAAGUACUUCAAACCUGUUGUGGCUAGAAAAAUUGACACCAUUUACCCAUGGAAUGUUGCUUUCUUCUUCUUGGCUUGGCUCGGAUCUAUUGUUUCGCCACUCGUUGCCUCUUUCUACCGCCAUGGUGCCAAACCACCCAAGAACUUUGGUUCCUUUGGUUUCGACAAGGCUAGUGUGAACGUUGGAUCUACUGUGGGUCUUGUCACCGUUUUGUUGUUGUCUGAACACUUAUUUUUCGUGUUGUACUUCAUUGGCGGCAAAUUGAGUGACCUUUACAAGUCGGAGAAAGAGAUUGAAAACGACAAUUUCCAGAACACCCUCAUCUUGAGAAGACAACAAUUCUCCCAGCAGAAAGUACCCGAAAUUGCCUCACCUGAUGACAGCGCUUGGUCCUCAUACGCCCCUAGCGGUGCUCUUCAGCAGGUCAAGUCCCUCCAGUUGCACGAGGUUGAGCCUCAAAAUGAAAAGAGCCAGACCGAAAACAGCCAGACCGAGAAGAGCCAAGCGGACGUCCCAGCUCAAAGUGAAGACCCUCAAAGUGAAGACCCUCAAAGUGAAGACCCUCAAAGUGAAGACCCUCAAAGUGAAGAUCAAGGUCAAAGCAAAAGUAUCGGUGAAACUAUCGCUGCUGUCGGUGCUCUGACUGGUAUUUCUCGUCUUGUUGCUUCUGACGGUGACUCCUCUGUGACUAACAAAAAGGAACUUUUGGAGAAGAAGAGAUUGGAAUUAGAGAGACUCCAGGAGGAGAAACGCAAAGAGUUGGAGGAACGUGCCGAGAAAGGAGACUCCAUCAUCGACACCGUGAACACUCGUGGCGAGUCUGCCAACGCCAUCAUAGACGACAACUCGCAUGUCCCAACUUCUGGCACAGACUACGAAAAGCACAUUGAUACCGAUGCCGCUGCAGUUCGUUCUCAGGAGGCUCAAGGUAAGCUGUCUUCUGCCGCUCCUGCCGCUGCAGGUGCUGCUGGAGGUGCUGCUGUUGCUGGAGGUGCUGCUGUUGCUGCUUCUCUGAAGGGUUCUCUGGACAAGCCAAAGAGCAACGAGUCCCUGGGAGGUCUUCCCCUGGUCGCUGAUAUGUCCCCUAGUAAUGACCCUAGGGCUGCUCUCAACAAGGAACAUAUCCUGCAAAAGAGUGCCGAAAGACUAGGUGUUGCUGGUAAGGAGGGCACUGUUGCACCUGUUGCUGAGCGUGCCGAACAGACCAAGCUUCCUGUCGCUACCGUGAAAGACGAAGAGAACGGGGAGGAUAUCGAGGCUGCUGAAGCUGAAGCUGCUGCUGCUGCUGCUGGAGCUGGUGCCGGUGCCGGUGCUGGAGCUGGUGCCGCUACCGGCGAAAGCUCUUCUGAGGCUCCUGUCGCUGAAGAAAAGACACCCUCUUCGAAACAGACUAACAACGCCGAGGGCGAAAAGACUUCAAGCCAGAACACAAGCAGCAAGAAGUCGACCGACACCAGGGCCACCGACAACUCGAGUGUUGACGAAAACGGCAAGAGGUCGUCCAGAAAAAAGAGUUUGAAGAACUUGUUGAAGAGGAAGUAA